GUCGCUCGCGCAGCCGAGCGCCUAUGUCGCGCCGAAAACCCUGUCCGACCGACCUCAACAACAACGUCGGCGCUCGCACGCUUGCCGUCGCUUGUUCUUGCCGUCGUCUUCUUCUUCUUCUUCUUCUUCUCUCUCCUGUCGCCAAAACCCUUUCUCCCUCUUUACCUCCCUCGCUCGCUUGCUCGACAAUGUCUCUGUCCUCCAUUACGCUGAGGUCCGCCGCGUUUAGCCCGCUCUCGUCCGAGCUCGACGAUCGCGGUUUUGCGACGGCGGCGAGGCUCCCUUCGAGCUUCCGAUUCGAGGAGAGAGCGAGCUCAGCGGGGAAGGGGAAGCGAUUGGUGUCGCGGGCGAGGAAGCCGGGAUUGAGGUGUUGUAAUAAGGAUAGGGACAUGGACGUGAGCGCUUCCGCCGUCGCCGAUGGCGUCGCCGAGUGCUCUCCCGAAAUCGAAGUGAAGGAGGCCCGGCGUGUCGACGCUAUUGAUGAAUUUCGAGAACAAGUUCGAUCCUUACGGGGCGAUCAGCACGCCGAUUUACCAAACGGCUACGUUUAAGCAACCUUCAGCCACAGAAAAUGGUCCCUAUGAUUACACCAGGAGUGGAAAUCCCACUCGGGAUGCGCUAGAGAGCCUCCUCGCAAAGCUGGACAAAGCCGAUAGAGCAUUUUGCUUCACUAGCGGAAUGGCUGCUUUGGCCGCCGUCACUCAUCUUCUUUCAAAUGGCGAGGAAAUUGUUGCUGGAGAUGACCUUUAUGGUGGUUCCGAUCGUCUGUUGUCCCAAGUAACUCCAAAAUCUGGAGUUGUGGUGAAGCGGGUAAAUACAAGUGAUCUACAUGAGGUGGCGUCUGCUGUUGGUCCCUCCACCAAGCUUGUCUGGUUAGAAAGUCCCACCAAUCCACAGCAACAAAUUUCGGAUAUACGAAAAACGAAAGCUCAUGCAGGAACCAUGCCUCAGGUGAAUGAAAAGAACACGGAGGGAAGCAACGGAAGAACAACAAAACCACCUGUUUAAAUCUCUCCCCAAAAGUACCAAACUGAUAUUGAUAUAUACAUUUGACACCAUAUCAAACAAUUACAAAAUGCCAACAGGAAGCACAAAAGGAAAUGCAAACCAUCAGUCACAUCAAAACCUGUGUGAGUGUACCUAAAAGAAGCAGUCAAAUCACAGACGCUAAGCCUUCAACGAGAAAAUAUUCAGUGGUUCGUGCGCGCCACGUCAUCCGCUGACGUGGCGCGCACAUACCACUCAGGUACCGACACCUGUCCCGAGCGGGACCCCUGGAAAAU